AGUUUUAUUGAGCACAGCAGAAAAGUUUUAUCCUGCGAUAUUCAGUCUGGUACUGUGGAGAAAACAAGUCAACGGUGUGCUUUUGACAGACGUAUGAGAUUUUUCAUGGUAAACGCAAGAAGAAUAUUAUCUGACAGCUUGUCAUUGGUUGCCUGCCAUGACGUCACACCCAUUGACCGUCGACGUUGCAGAUAUGGCGGAAGUAAAAGUGUUUCCGUUGUGCUGUGUGGUGCAGAACUAUGCCUGGGGUAAAGUGGGUCUGGACAGUGAGGUUGCCCGGCUGGUGGUCGGUGGAGACCCUCAGGCGCACAUAGAAGAUGACAAACCUUAUGCAGAGCUUUGGAUGGGCGCUCAUCCCAAAGGCGAUGCUCUCAUUAAAGACAACAGGAUAUCCCAGAGGACACUGGGACAGUGGAUUGCAGAUGUCCCAGGAUGCCUGGGGUCAAAGGUCAAGGACACAUUCCAUGGGGAGCUACCCUUCCUCUUCAAAGUGCUGUCUGUCAACACGGCUCUGUCCAUCCAGGCACAUCCCAACAGGGAACUGGCUGCUAGACUUCAUGCACAGUUUCCAGAGCAUUACCCAGAUAGCAACCAUAAGCCUGAGAUGGCCAUUGCCCUUACACAGUUUGAAGGUCUUUGUGGCUUUCGGCCAGUAAAGGAAAUCAUGGACUUUCUCAAAAAUGUCCCAGAGUUUCGUACAUUAGUCAGUAAUGAAGCAGCAGAGGAUCUCCAGAGCUCUGAGAACGAUCCUGACCGAACAUCUCACGCGCUGAAGAAAUGUUUUACACGCAUGAUGAACUGCGAGAAGAAACUGUUCAUCGAUCAGCUCAACAUGCUUGUUAAACGAAUCUCAGAAGAAGAGGCUGCAGGCAGAGACACAUCCAGUAGUAAUGGAGAACUGUUGCUACGGUUACAUUCACAGUAUCCAGGGGAUAUCGGAUGUUUUUCCAUCUACUUCCUGAACCGUAUCGUGCUGCAGCCGGGCGAGGCCAUGUUUCUGGGAGCUAAUGAACCUCAUGCCUAUCUUUCUGGAGACUGUGUUGAAUGUAUGGCGUGCUCUGAUAACACUGUACGUGCCGGACUGACUCCCAAAUACAUCGAUGUGGACACCUUGUGUGAGAUGCUCAAUUACUGUCCCGCCCCAGUCAGUGCCAAAAUCUUCCCCUGUGUGCGGGACAAUUCAGACCCCUGCGUUUACAUCUAUGACCCACCUGUGCCCGACUUCACUGUCAUGAGAAUACAGGUUCCUCCCUCGGUGGGUCAUUACACCAUAAGUGCGCUGGAGUCCGCUGGCAUUCUAUUGGUUAUUGAAGGAGAGGCCGUCGCCACCUCUGAUGCGGCCCUCUCUGACAUCACUCUGAAGAGAGGAUCUGUGCUUUUCGUUUCAGCCAAUGAGAGCGUUUCUUUGCAGGUGACAUCAUUAUCGGGCAUGACCAUGUUCCGAGCUUGCUGCUUACUGUAGGAAACGUGUGCAGAAAUUCCUGUAUCCAUCUGUCCUGAUCAUAACCACCCGGUGAAACAGAUUCAGAAUAAUAUUCCCAUAUGUUUUUGGGUGAUGUAAAAUCAUGUUUUGGUUAAAAAAAUCCACAGCAUGAAAAAUAAUCCCUUAGAAUGACAAAUACUAUGAUAAUGUUUAAAAUGCUUACUAAAAAACAAAAAUAGUAGAUCUAAUUAUGAUUGAGAUUCUGACAUGUUUAAAUAUUUGUGCAUGUCCUUUUGAAGUAUGUAAACGCUGAAUUCAUGUACAACUAGUUUUAUUAUAGAGUCAACAUGAAACCACGUUUGCAACUUAUCUCGUAUAAUAAUGAUAUUACGAGACAGGAUUAUGCAUUGAGAAAGUAAUUUUUGAUUUCAUGUUGACUUUAAAGGUCACCUAACAUGGCCAUUUUUCAAGAUGUAAUAUUAGUCUCUGGUGGCCCAGAAUGUAAAGUUUUAGGUUCAUAUCAAUAGGUAAUAUCCUAUUGAUGAUUUAUUAUACCAUGCAGUGCUCUGUCACUUUAAAUGCUGUAACUGUUAUCUAUAUAGAAAAAAUACAUAGUUUUUAAUAAGGCAAUCACUUUACUUUAUGAUUGUGCGGUAAUGAAUUAUGUAAAAAGAAGAUUUAUAUGACCUAAGUGUGGUCUUUAGAUGGUUGUGGGCGGAGCCUGCGCAAAUUGAUGUCAGUUUGCUCAAAAAACAGCUCGUCCCAUGAAACUAUUGAUGUUUUUAGGGGAUUUUAAUAAUUUCGAUUUGUAUCAUUACACGGUGGUUGUGUACACACACAAUUAUCUUCAAACAACAAAUAAAAGUGAAUUUCUCAUA